GCGACCACCCCAGCCCUUUUUCCACGUCCGCUUACUUUUUCCUUUUCUGCGGCUUUUCUUUCAGCGACAUCGGAAUGGAUUCAGUUUUUCAAGGAAGCUGGGAUCCCCCCGGGCCCCGCCGUCAACUACGCUGUCAUGUUCGUGGAUAACAGGAUCCAGAAGAACAUGUUGAUGGAUCUGAACAAGGAGAUCAUGAACGAGCUGGGUAUCACAGUGGUGGGAGACAUCAUCGCCAUCCUCAAACACGCCAAAAUCGUGUACAGGCAGGAGAUGUGCAAGGCGGCUACCGAAUCGCUCUGCCCCGGCUCCCCCAGCGUUCAAGCCGAGCUGCGCCGCAAUGCCAACAGCGCCGCCAGCCGGAUGAUCGCCAACAGCUUGAGCAGAGACUCGCCUCCCGCCACCCCGCUCCGACAGCGGCCCCACGCCUCCAAAAUCUCCGUCACCGUCUCCAACAAACUGGCCGCUGCAAAGGCAGGUUUAUGCGACGCGGAAGACAAAAACCCAACGAUCCCGGUCAAACGCCGCCGGGUGACGGCGGAAAUGGAAGGGAAAUACAUCAUCAACAUGCCCAAAGGCACCACGCCGAGGACAAAGAAAAUCCUGGAGCAGCAAGCGGCCAAAGGUCUGCAGAGGACAUCCGUCUUCGACCGGCUGGGAGCCGAGGCGAAAGCUGAGGUGACCACGGGAGGGAAGCCCACGGGGGUCUUCAGCAGACUGGGUGACGCCUUGGGGACCGACGGGGACAAAGCCACCGAGAGUGACGACGACUGCUCCGGCCCCCAGUAA